AUGGCACAACGAACCUUGCGCCGCACAGUACGCCAAGCAAAACGGCAAUACUGGCGAACACAACUGGAUAACUUCACUGACAGCCAGGAUGUUUUCAGAGCAAUCAAGUGGAAUAGGACAGUGGGAUCCUUCCCAAUCCCACCUCUCAAGAAUGGAGAAACAGUCCACACCACUCCUGAUGCCAAAGCAGAGCUCCUGGUAAAAACCCUCCUCCAGAAGGCUGCCUGCGCAGAUGACAUCCCCUUUGACAAUAGUGACAAUCCGGAGGCAACCCUCCCCUUUCCAACCAUCACAUCUGGAGAAGCAUACCAAGCUAUCUUCCAAGCCAAGAGCAGCACACCUGGGCAAGACGAGAUAUCCAAUGCAGUCCUGAAGAAGGCCUGGCCUGCUCUUGGCCCCCAUAUUUCAGCUCUGUACAAACAUUGUGCUGCAACUGGAUGGCACCCAACUCCCUUCCGACAAGCCCUGUUGAUAGCCCUCCCCAAGCCAGGGAAGAAGGACUACAGUAGCCCACGCUCAUACAGACUAAUUGCUCUCCUCUCUACCUUGGGGAAAGGACUGGAACGCCUUAUUGCCCGGAGAUUAGCUUGGACAGCCAUCAAACACAAGGUCCUCCACCCCCAACAAUUUGGGGCCCUCCCCUGCCGUUCAGCUACCGACCUGGCGGCAGCUUUGGUGCAUGAUAUUGAAGAAUCUUGGGCCCGGGGUCUCAGCGCCUCCAUACUAACUCUGGAUUUGUGA